AUGAUGAAGCUGUUUUGCCUGUUUCUGCUGCUCACUAGUUCAACUGCUGCCAUCCCUCUAGAGUCCUUAGGUAGAGAAAAGUACCCCACCCUGCCUACCCAGGCCCUUGCCACAGCAGCAAGCCCAACCGAGGAAAGGUCUCGCUUUGCCAUGCUGGAUGAUGUUCGCCUACUUGCAAACGGACUACUCCAGCUGGGCCAGAGUCUACGAGAGUUUGUCCACAAGACCAAGGGCCAAAUCAACGAAAUCUUCCAAAAGUUGAACAUUUUUGACCGCUCUUUCUCCCAGCUCUCAGUGGUCACGUCUGAGAUCAAGGAGGAGGAGGAGGAGCUGAAGAAGACCACCAAUUUCUUGAAGGCCAACAAUGAGGAGAUCAAGAACUUGUCGCUGGAAAUCAACUCUAAGAUCAACGGCAUCCUUCAGGAGCGCGUACAGCUGCAGAGCAAGGUGGGAAACCUCGAGGAGCGGCUGAAGGGACUGUCGCAGAGCAUUAUCCCCGUUGACCAGCUGAGUGAAAUCACCACGCUCAAGGAAGUGAUUGAAUCUCAAGAGAAAACAAUUACCCAUCUGCUGGAAGCUGUGAAGGAGCAGCAUGAUCAGCUUGACAACCAGAAAAACAAGAUUAUAAACCUGGAGGAAAGGCUCAGCUAUGACAGCUUUCAAGAUACAGUCGAUAAGCCAAUGGAUUUAGACCCUGCAGCGCCUGAUAUGUUUGAAUAUCUGACAGGAAACUCAACUGACCUGGACUUGAAUGACCUCCCAAGAGACUGCAGUGAGCUGUUUAACAAGGGAGAGACAACAAGUGGAAUCUAUGUCGUCAAGCCAAACCAAUCUGAAUCAUUCAAUGUUUACUGCGAAAUGGGUUCAGAUGGGGGUUCAACUGUUAUCCAACGCAGGGCAGAUGAUUCAGUGGAUUUUGACAAGACAUGGGACAAGUAUGAGAAAGGCUUUGGAGAUCUGGAAAACGACUUCUGGUUGGGCUUAAAGAAGAUCCACAGCUUUACUCAGCAGGGAGUUUACAUCCUGCGUAUUGAUUUGGAGGACUGGAAGGAGGGGAAGCACUGGGCUGAGUACCGCUUCUCUUUGGAGGGUACCUCGAAGGGCUAUAGCCUUCAUGUCAGCCACUUCUCUGGUGACCUGCCUGAUGCCAUGGCCAACAGAACCGGCAUGAGAUUCUCCACUAAAGACAGAAAUAAUGACAACCACCGGAACUCCAACUGCGCUCGCACUUACACAGGUGGUUGGUGGUUCAAUGCUUGCAGAGAGACCAACCUUAAUGGAAAGUAUUUGUGGUUGAGGGCAAAAGGACGCUCUAUGAGAAGGAAGGGCAUUUACUGGAAGCCUGGCACAGGGCCCUCCUAUUCCCUCAAGAUGACCAAAAUCAGCGUACGACCAGCCCCGACUGCUGAAAGCUCCAACUGAACCCCACAAGUCAUACCCUUUCUUACAACACUACUGACAUGUUUCACAAACAUUGAUCAAAUCUAAUGCUCAGCCAAAAAAGCUAUAUUAAAGUGGAACAUGAAGUAACACUGAAAAAUUCUUAGUUGAUCUGCAUCAUUAAGUUGAUUGCUUGCAAACCAUUUUUGGAAUGAGCUGUUGCAAUGCUGCAACCAUCCCACACAGGGCAUUAACCUAUUGGGUAUAAUCAAGCAAGGACAGUAGAAUUGGCAUUAUGCAACAUCUGCAAUCAUUUGUAAAAUGGACAUAUUGAUCAACAUCAGCAACCCGAUUCAGAGCUCGCUGGAAAAUGCUACAGUGCUGCAGUAGGAAAGAAAACUAUGUAGAGAUUCUGAAGCAAUUGUAAAAAACGGAGAGUGCUCGGCUAGAACAGAGAACUUAAAUGUAUUCGACAGCUUCUAUGUUGAAAAAACUAUUUAAAAUGAAUAUUAUCUUUGUGACGUAAAACUGUUUCAUGUUUCCAGGGGGCACAUGUACCAACAGGUUAUUGCAUAAGGCAUGCUUUUAUAUAAGUCAUUGUUCAAGAGAAACACUGCUUCUCUAACAUCUCAAAAUGUGUCCAAACUGGUGAUUUUCUUUCCAUGAUUGCCAUUUUUGUCGAGUUCAUUUACACUGAUUCAUCUCUAGUUUGAUGGAAAACAAUCCAUAAAGUGGGGUCAAUGUCAGCAGACAAAUACUCAACAACAUUGGAGAAAAAAAGCUUUGGCAGCACAAUGAUGAAGGUUUUUGCUUUGUUUGUUUGUAUUUUUUUACUCUGUAAAGUAUUUAAACCAUUUCAUGCUAUUAUAUGACUUCUACUGGUAUUGUUAGAAAAACAUAAUUUCUGUGCAUUUCCAAGUGUAUUGAGUCAUAUUGACUUUUGUCCAUUAUUACAAUAUAACUAACUGUACUGUAAAUGUGGCUCAUACUAACACGUCACCCUAAUAAGUAGAUAUAUGCUAAAAAAAACAUAUUUAUGAAGUCAAAAUAAAAAUAUUGUCUAAAUGUC